AUGUCUGCCGCUAUAACACAGCAGUGUUUACAAUUGUUUGACGACGAUUUGGUUGACGGUGAUGGGACCAGUACAUCAAGAUCCCGAGUGGAAUGUAAGGGUUCAAAGACAAAUAGUAAGAAAGGUGUCCAGAAGAGGCGUCAGCUGUUAAAAAAACAGCAAAAGAGAAGACAAGAAGAAAAUUUAAUCAAGAAAAAUAAAAUAUUUGUAAAAUCAACAAUAGAGGAAUUCAAGCAACAGCAAGCUGAGGACUUAACAAAUGAAAGUUUGAAAAGGAUCCAAGAAAUGUCUCGUGUUUGUAAAACAUCAUCAAAAGUCACACAUACAAUUGUUCAGCAUAACAACGGAAAAUUGGCCAAGAAUAUCCCAACACCAGUGACUCAACAAGAAUCUAAUACAGUGUUUACAGAUAGAGACUUUGACAAAUUUGAACAAGAAUAUGAUUUUUUCUCUUGAAAUUAAAAAUCUUUGUCU